CCAAGACACUACUGGUACCACAAGAGGAAGCUUAGCGCACCCACAGCUGCACGAAACCGAAUCCUCGACGUCGAUUCAGAGAGGCGUGGUCGAUCGUUCCUGAUCGAUCGGUCCGAAGUUGGACCGUAGCGUGUGCUUUCUACUAGGGCGCCAUGAUCACGUGGCUGGCCGUGUACCAUGUCGUGGAGGCGAUGGCGCCGCUGUACACGGCGGCGGUGCUCGGGUACGCGUCCGUGCGGUGGCUCAAGGCCUUCUCCGAGGAACAGUGCGCCGGGAUCAACCACUUCGUCGCCAUCUACGCCGUGCCCGUGCUCAUCUUCAACAUGGUCUCCACCAACAACCCCUACGCCAUGAACGGCCGCCUCGUCGCCGCCGACACGCUGCAGAAGGCCGUCAUGCUGAUCGGCCUCGUCGCCUGGGCCGCCUGGGAGUCCCGCUCGCGCCGCCGCCGCCGAUCCGACGGAGGCGGCAAGGCUUCGGCUGCGGUUGCAGCGGCCUCCCCGCUGCAGUGGGUGGUGACCGCCUUCUCUGUGGCGUCGCUGCCCAACACCAUCAUCAUGGGCGUGCCGCUCCUCGGCGGCAUGUAUGGGGCCAUGUCCAAGGACCUCAUGAAGCAGAUCGUCGUCAUGCAGUUCUGCGUCUGGUACAACGUCGUCAUCUUCAUCUACGCGUACAUGGCGGCCC